GAACCCCCAGACCACCCUCUCACUGCCUCAGAAUGGGAGAGACUCAAAUUGACUUCACCGACCCCCAUCGAUUUGACGAUGAUGGCAUCAAUGCUGGCCGAUGGGACAGACAUUAGCGUGGCCAAGUCCCUUGUUACCAUGGACACCGGGACACUGUCUUACGAGCUGCUUCUUCAAUACCUCACCCUGUGUGUCGGCAGUGGUCACCACUUGGAGGUGUUUAACAUGUAUGACAUCAUGAGGAGCCAGAUCAUUACGUUAGACACCAGGGCCUCUAGCCUGCUCAUAAAGGACUUCAGCUGAUCAGAACGCUGGAAGGAGGCGCUAUCACACCCAUCAAGAGGGCCAUCACCGCGUAAGUAUGGCGAUGCCAUCAUGGGGGCAGUACUGCAUGGUGACUGUGCCACUGCCGGGGCCCUGUAUGCCGAACUGAUGGAGAAGGGCCUCAUUCCCAACCAGGAGACAUGGCAGGCCCUAUUCCAGUGUGGCCUCUCUCAUCGGGGCCACGGGGACGGGCUGCAGUCCAUCCUGCUUCACAUAGAGACAACCAGACAACCUAUCAGACAACCUAUCCUAUGGAUACUCUGGAUAAAGAUAUCAAAGCUUGGUUUGAGAGACCAGAAGUGGAGUGGAAGCUGGUCCACCGCAGACCCCAGGGGAUUAUGUCUGAGCUGUCAGGCAGAGCUGAAAUUCAUCACACAGAGUCAGGAGGAGUACGCCCAGCUCAAGGACAGGGUUAUGGGGGAUGUGAUCCAAGGCAGAGAUGUCUUAAAUGAGACCACUCCAGAGGAGCUGGAGAGCUUCAAGAACUUUGUCAAGUGGAAGCCGGCCUUUGACAUGGUCAUAGAUGGUUUCAAAGUUGCCAACAUGGGCAUCAAAGGGAACCAGUCGCAGCUGGCGAACACACUCCUGGUGGUGGUGUCAGAGCUGGAGCGACAGGGCCUGGUCAUUCUGGUCCUGUGGAGGAAGCACAUGCAACGGCCCUCACGCAGCUGGAACAGACAUGACAUGAGCCUGGUCCAGCAGAAGGCCCACUGCUUCUUCACUGACAUUUCUGAGGAUGACCCUUUCCUGCUGUAUGCCACACUGCACUCUGGGAACCACUGUAACUUGAGCUGGGACCUGAUGCGGGACCACAAGGCCUGCCUGCCCGAUGGUGCUACUCGACGCCUCUUCUUCAAGUGGCAGUGCGGGCACUAGAUGGUGCUGAGCAGUUACACUCUGGGAAAGAGUGUAUGAUUCCAGAGGAUAUCAAGUUAUGACACCAUUGUCCAGACAAAUGGAGGCUCCUGUCACAUCCACUGUGAUGAGAAUGGGGCAGAGAGAUAUACUUAUUUAGUUCCCCAGAAGUGUCUUUGUCUCACCAGGGCAAAAUAAGGCACCUGCUUCGGUUUGAUCUUCACAAACUGUAAAAUACAGUGUUCCUUA